UCUCUAUAAAUAGUCAGAGGGCUAGGGCUCAAAAUUUGAUCGGGAAGAGAAGACUCCGACUUACAGCGAUUCCUUCCCAAACGACCUGUUGAUUGAUACGCAUGGGUUACGAGUCGGACGACGCCUCUCAGGACGGUCGGGAUGAAGAUGAUGAAGAUGAUUAUGAAGAGGCUGGUGGGGGCAACCGACUUUUGGGAUUCAUGUUUGGGAAUGUUGAUGGCUCAGGAGAUCUGGAUGUUGAUUACCUUGAUGAGGAUGCGAAGGAGCAUCUUGCUGCAUUGGCUGACAAACUUGGUUCAUCCUUGACAGAGAUUGAUUUGUCAGUAAAGUCAUCACGGACACCUGUUGAUGCUGCUGAACAAGAUUAUGAUGAGAAGGCCGAAGAUGCAGUUGAUUAUGAAGACAUUGAUGAACAGUAUGAGGGACCAGAGAUUCAAGCUCUUUCUGAGGAGGACUACUUGUUGCCAAAAAAAGACUAUUUUGCUACAGAAGUUUCAGAGGUUACGUUGGUGCAAAAGACUUCUGUGUUUGAUGAUGAAAAUUAUGAUGAGGAGGAUGAUGCAGCAGGAUUUGAGAACGAGCAUGAGUUGGUGGACACCAAUGCUGAAGUUCAGACUAUUCCUUCAUUAGGCGUGCCAGGUGAUACCUCCGCUGUCCUCACUGAAGGCGAGAGGUUUCAUGGGAAUGACCUACAGACCCAUUCUUUUGAAACAGAAACAGAAAACAUGGCUGUUGAUUUGGCAGAUUUUCAGGAACCAGAAGCUCUAGUGGAGCUGCUUGAUGAUAAAAGUUCUACUCCACUUCCUAUGUUAUGUGUAGAAGAUGGGGCAGUCAUCUUACGCUUCUCUGAAAUCUUUGGUAAUUUUGAACCGAUGAAGAAGAGAGAGAAGGAGGACAGGAAGUACACAAUUUCUAGAGAGAAAUACAAGUCCAUGGAUACUUCAAACAUUGUUGAAGAGGAUGAAGAGGGAUUCCUGAAGGGCUCUUGCCAAGGUUUUCCUAUAAUGAAACAUGCACAUGUAAUUCGAGAUGAUGUUUCGGGAAGAAUGGACUAUGAAUUACAAUCAGAAAAAUUUGGGUUUGUUCAAGGGGCUCCCAUGUCGGCUCCACAGUUUGAUGAGCAAAGGCAAGACUCUUAUCUCCUGGCUGAACCAAUGAAAGCGGAUACAACAAUAGACUUAUCUGCAGAGUGGAACUCACCUUUAUCACCUAAAUUUUAUCCUCUUGAUCAGCUAAACUGGGAAGAUAAAAUAAUUUGGAAUGAGUCUCCUACACAGAGUGACAAUGCUGCAGAGAGUUAUGAGACCGCUGGACCUGACUCUGAGGAUCUGUUAAGUGUUCAACCAGAAGUGGGGCUGGAAAAUAAUCAGUCAGAUUUGGAGAUAGAAUAUGAUGAGAAAGAUCAUGGUUCUUUUCUGCGUAGGUGCUCAGUUUUGGUGGAGCCCUUUGGCUCAAAAGAUAUUUUGGGUUUGACAAACCAAUCUUUCUCUGAAACCAGAUAUCAUCCCCAACUUUUGAGGUUGGAGUCGCGGUUGGGACCUCCAAGCAACUUAGAUGGCAGAGAAGAUGUUACCAAAGAGAACCACCUAAGUGAUGCCAUAAAGCAUUUUAGCAAACUCAACUUAGAAAACAGAGACAUGAUGGAAGGAUCUUGGUUGGACAGAAUAAUUUGGGAAUCACAUCAAUCCAUUCCAAAACCAAAGCUAAUCCUUGAUCUUCAGGAUGAACAGAUGCUCUUUGAAGUUCUGGAUAACAAGGAGGGUAAACACCUUCAACUUCAUGCUGGGGCUAUGUUCGUAACCCGCUCUGUGAAGUCCAGUGGUGGCGAUUCUACAGAGCCAAAUGGCCAUGGAGGUCUAUCUGGUGCUCGAUUCAACAUUUCGAAUGACAAAUUCUAUUCCAACAGGAAAGUUUCUCAGCAGUUGAAAUCACAUUCUAAAAAGCGUGCUGCUCAUGGUGUCAAAGUCUUGCAUUCAAUACCUGCACUUAAGCUGCAAACGAUGAGACCGAAGUUAAGCAACAAAGAUAUUGCGAAUUUUCACCGGCCAAAGGCUUUAUGGUAUCCGCACGAUAAUGAGGUGGCACUCAAAGAACAAGGGAAACUACUUGCCCAAGGACCAAUGAAAAUCAUAUUGAAAAGCUUGGGUGGCAAAGGAAGUAAACUUCACGUGGAUGCCGAAGAGACCAUUUCUUCUGUCAAAGCAAAAGCUUCAAAAAAGCUAGAUUUUAAACCAUUGGAACCAGUAAAAAUAUUUUAUUCUGGACGAGAGCUUGAAGACUAUAAAUCCCUUACUGCUCAAAAUGUUCGUCCGAACUCCUUGCUUCAUCUUGUUCGUACAAAAGUACAUUUGUUGCCCAGAGCGCAAAAGGUUCCUGGUGAGAAUAAGUCUUUGCGACCUCCUGGCGCAUUUAAGAAGAAAUCUGAUCUUUCUGUCAAAGACGGCCAUGUCUUCCUUAUGGAGUACUGUGAAGAAAGACCUCCACUCCUUGGAAAUGUUGGUAUGGGUGCAAGACUAAGUACUUACUAUCAGAAAUCUGCCCCAGGUGAUCAAACUGGCACCUCGUUACGCAAUGAAAGCAGCAGUUUGGGCAGUGUCCUCGUACUUGAUCCUGCUGAUAAAUCUCCUUUCCUUGGAGAUAUAAAAGCUGGCUGUAGCCAAUCAUGUCUUGAAACUAACAUGUAUAGGGCUCCCAUAUUUGCGCACAAGGUGUCAUCAACUGACUAUCUGUUGGUUCGUUCUGCGAAGGGAAAGCUUUCUAUAAGACGAAUUGACAGACUUGAUGUUGUUGGACAACAGGAGCCUCACAUGGAGGUAAUGUCUCCGGGAACAAAAGGUGUCCAGACAUAUAUAAUGAAUAGGCUUUUGCUCUACAUGUAUCGUGAAUUUUCUGCUGUCGAAAAGCGUGGUUUGCUUCCUUGCAUCCGCGCGGAUGAGUUGUCUGCACAGUUUCCUACCUUGUACGAAGGUUUCCUUCGGAAAAGGUUGAAGCAUUGUGCAGAUUUGCAGAGGGGGGCAAACGGACAGCUAUUUUGGGUUAUGAGGCGUAAUUUUCGCAUUCCUUUGGAGGAGGAACUCAGAAGAAUAGUGACUCCCGAGAAUGUCUGCGCCUAUGAAAGCAUGCAAGCUGGACUAUACAGGCUCAAACGGUUAGGGAUUACAAGGCUGACUCAUCCUACAGGCCUCUCCUCUGCAAUGAAUCAGCUCCCUGAUGAAGCCAUUGCUUUAGCCGCUGCAUCCCACAUUGAGAGGGAACUGCUGAUAACCCCAUGGAACUUGAGUAGCAACUUUGUUGCCUGUACAAGUCAGGACAAGGAAAAUAUUGAGCGUCUGGAAAUUACUGGUGUUGGUGAUCCAUCUGGAAGGGGCCUAGGCUUCAGCUACGUCCGUACUGCUCCAAAGGCACCAGUAUCAAAUGCAAUGGUGAAGAAGAAACCAGCUAUUAAUCGUGGAGGUUCAACUGUAACAGGAACAGAUGCUGAUCUACGUAGAUUAAGCAUGGAUGCUGCACGAGAGGUUCUACUCAAGUUCAAUGUACCAGAUGAACAAAUUGCUAAACAAACAAGAUGGCAUCGAAUUGCUAUGAUUCGUAAGCUUUCAAGUGAGCAAGCUGCAUCUGGCAUCAAGGUUGAUCCAACAACAAUCAGCAAGUAUGCACGUGGCCAGCGGAUGUCUUUUCUGCAGCUUCAGCAACAGACCAGGGAGAAGUGUCAAGAAAUUUGGGAUCGACAAGUCCAAAGUCUUUCUGCUGUCGAUGGUGAUGAAUUUGAGAGUGACUCAGAAGCAAAUAGUGACCUGGACUCCUUUGCCGGGGACCUAGAAAAUUUACUGGAUGCAGAAGCAUUUGAAGAUGGGGAUGAGGGUAACUAUGAGUCUAGGCAUGACAAAGUAGAUGGUGUAAAGGGGCUUAAGAUGAGGAGGCGACCAUUGCAAGCUCAGGCAGAAGAAGAAAUUGAGGAUGAGGCAGCUGAAGCUGCAGAGCUAUGCAGAAUGCUUAUGGAUGAUGACGAGGCUGAGCGGAAGAAGAAGAAGAAGACAAGAACUGCAGGGGAUGAAGUGCGAUUGACUCCAGGUUUACGUCAAUUUGGGGUGGAAAACGCAGAGCGAGUGAAGAAAACUAACACAAUGGUCAAGAAAAUUGCUAUUAUGGCCCAACCUGAUGAAUCCUAUGGAGCAAAAGACAAUUUCAUUCGAGAACCAAAGAAGGACGAAAAGCUUCUUAGUAAAAAGAACUUGUCCGGAAAGGUAAAAGCAAUGAAAAAGAAUGACAUUGACUGCAUGGGUUCACUUAACAAGAAAGUGAAAAUUUUGGGAGAUGGACUUAAGAUUGUCAAGGAAAAGAAAUCUGCCAGAGAAAGUUUCGUCUGUGGAGCCUGUGGCCAACUUGGGCACAUGAGGACCAACAAGAAUUGCCCCAAGUAUGGAGAAGAUUUAGAAACACAAGUUGAAGGUUCAGAUCCGGAAAAGGCAUUACUAAGAGCUAAUUCUAUGGAUCACGGUGGUAAAACUGUAACAAAGAAGCUCAUAUCGAAAGGUGCAACAAAAAUGGCUCUUGUGGAAGUUCCGGAGGAUGACAAAUCUAGUUCAAAGGCAAAAGUUCUAAAAGUCAAAUGCGGAUCUAAUGAGAAACUUCCUGAUAAACAAACUCCUGCAGCCUCACAAAGUUCUGAUAAACCAGUAAUAUCAGAUGCAGAAACUGGGAACAUCAAACCCGUUGUCAAGGUUAAGAAAAUAAAAUUCGCCAACAAGUUGAAACCGGAAGAGGUCCAAGUUGAAUCGCACAAACCCUCUAUUGUGAUCAAGCCUCCAGUAGAGACAGAUAGAGAGCAGCCACGAAAGAUCGUCAUUAAACAACCGAAGGAGGUCAUUAAUCUGGAUCAAAGCAGUCAAGAAGUUAGCCCUAGUCUUCAGAACAGGAAAAUGAAGAAAAUUAUUGAUUUGUCCACUUUUGAGAAGCAUAGUGAGAAUGAGAGCAAGCGUUCAGCUGAAGAGGCAGCCAGGAGAAAAAUGAGAGAGGAUAAACGGUGGUGGGAAGAGGAAGAGAAGCGGGGAAUCGCAGAGAGAGAGAGAGAAGAGAGGGCCAAGAGACUGUAUGAACAAAAGAGGAUACUGGAAGAACAGGAAAGGUUAGCUGAUAUCAGAAGAUUUGAAGAAGACAUAAGAAGGGAGAGAGAGGAAGAAGAACGUCAAAAGGAAAAGAAGAAGAAAAAGAAGAAGAAAAGGCCCGAAAUGGCAAGACAUGAUUAUUUAGAUGACCUCAUGACGAGAGAAAAUGACAGAACGCUCCCAGCAAGAGACCGGUCAGCAAAGAGGCGACCUGUAGUUGAGUUGGGGAUAUACGGUGCAGAGUAUGCUCCGCCCACAAAACGCCGCCGGGGGGGAGAGGUUGGUUUGGCAAACAUCUUGGAGAUCAUUGUGGACACCCUGAAGGACAGGAUUGAGGUGUCUUACCUUUUCUUAAAACCAGUGUCAAAGAAGGAAGCUCCCGAUUACCUGAAGAUCAUAAAGCACCCUAUGGAUCUUUCGACAAUCAAGGAGAAGGUGAGGAAGUUAGAGUAUAAGAGCAGAGAGGAGUUCAGGCACGAUGUAUGGCAAAUCACUUACAAUGCUCAUAAGUACAAUGACGGGCGCAACCCAGGUAUUCCUCCCCUUGCGGAUCAGCUGCUAGAGCUAUGUGAUUACUUGUUAAAUGAGCAUGAUCUGGGCUUAACAGAAGCGGAAGAUGGUAUUGAAUAUAUGGACGGUUAGGAGAAGAACUUGUCACAUUAGAUUAUUACAUGGAAAGGGCUCCUCUGCAGUCCGGUUUUUCGGACUGACUGAAUGAUUGGGUUUGUGAGUCCAAGCGGUUCAUUUUGUGAGUCCCGAUGUGCACAUUUGUUCAGGGGAAAAAACAGUUUAAUCCUAUCUGAUCGGAUCGCACCUGUCUUGCAAAAAUUUAGACGGCCUAAGGUUCUGACCGUCGGUUAUGUGACAUUUGAUCAUGCACUUACCGAUAUCCAAUCAACUUGGGUUGUUGCGCGUGAUUUGGUCAGACAACCCUAUGUAAUUGGGGGUUUGGAUAAUGAAAAUGGGACCUGUGGUGGGCCCCAUGGAUGCUAACUGUUCGGUUUAAGUCCCAAAAUUGGACCGGAGAUGAGCCAAACGACCCAAACCCCUAUUGUAGGGACACUUCAAGGUAAAAAUGUCGUCAAAUUAGAAUGUUGCCAAGCCAAUUGCCCCAUAUUGCUGGAGUGUAUGCCUUCGUGGGAUUUGAAUUGAAUAAGGUUGGAUUUGGUUUUAGUUGGUUGUAUGGAAAUUUCCUUCCUUUGUAACCAAGAAUUGGCGUCUGUACAUGUGAGCUAAUCUGUAAAAUAUAGGCUUCAUGAUAUAUUCGAGUUGAUAUAAAAGAGAGUAGAGUUGGUCCCUUUAUGUGUAACACAUUAACUUUUCAGUGCUGAAACCCUUGGGUUUGGGCAUGGCAUUAUAAUCUUGUUUGAAGUACACAAGAGUGUCAUUUUGGUGAUAAUUAGGCAUGGAAAAGAAAUUGUUACAAGUGGUUCAAAUA